CCGUUGGCUCUGUGAGCUGGUCUCAGCCUCACUGCAGUUUGGUUUCUCCAGGCAGAGGAGCUGCUGCUCUAACACACGUGAAGUACUUCUGCCAGAUCACCCAUACAAACCGAUCUAUCACGUCCUGCAGCGAUUCAUGCCUACCUUGCCGGCUUUAGUUAAGGACUUCAGCACGAUCACCGCCGGUCGAGAGGCUGAAAAGACGGAAGGAAAAGAAAACGUCCAGAGCAGACCGUUCGGUGUCUGUCCACCAACCGCCGCCGCCGCCGCUUGUGACGUAUGGUUCUAGAGCGUUUUCUGUGCACGAAGAGGAGGAGUCUAUCCGUGAUUCGAAAGACGAGAGCAGUCGGCUAAGUCGUACGCUGUUGUUGUGGCACAGCUCGCUGUUUUUUCCCGGGGGACUUUGCGCCACACUGAAACCACAUCCUGACCACAACGGUUGUACACAACACGGUCGAGAAGAGUUGUAAAGUCACGGCAGCACAAAAGGAGGCGGAGACAGUCUUUUACUUACCGGGACUGAAAAUCGCGGGAACAUCGCUUGACGACGCAAAAGGCGGUGAGUCGAGGUUGAAUUCUGUUUAAGAACUCUGGUAAAUCCAUGACCAGGAUCCUUUCAGCUUGAAGGCAGCAAUGGAAGUUGUUGUGACAGAGGAGAAGAAGAAGAUUUUCCGUGCUAGGAAAACCAUGAAGAUCAGUGAUCGACAGCAACUGGAGACUCUUCACAGCACUCUGUUGACAGCAACUCCGAGUCUGUCCGAACCAUCUCCGCCACCGCUAAUGAAUGGCACGCACAAAGAGGAUGGACAAAAAGUUGGGGACAAAGAACAAAACAGCAUCUUGGAUUCAAACUCUCCCCAAACCACAUCACCUGCUUCUCCGACCUCUCUGAGCUCUCCUGCUCCUUUCCUGUCCCUAAAUCUGUCCCCCUCUUCUGCCUCUUCACAAAGUCCAAAAGCAAAGGAGGACUCCUCUCCUACAUCGCCAUUCCACUCUAUAAACUUUGAACUGAAAAAGAUGGAGGACGAGGAUGAGGAGGAAGAAAAGAAAGGUUCUCCAUUGCCCUCAUCAAACAAGUCUCCUACACCAGCAUUAACAGAAUCCAAGGAACAGGAGGGAAAAGAGACGAUCCCAGAGAUGGAAAAGAAAAAGGAGGAACAUACCACAAAAGAGGACUCCACUGUGGAUUCUGCCAAAGAUUCUGUUAAAGGUUUAGCUCCAUGUUCUCCUGCGCCACCUUCAGUAUCUGACAGCACAGGACAGAUGGAAACAGAUAGUGACACUACAAAGGCCAAGGAUGCUGAGGCCUCCGCAGCCAAAAUAAGAGAUGAAAAGCCUUCUUCCCCCAAAUCGACCACUUCCGAUUCCUCUCCUCCAUGUCCUCCUUCUUCUUCCCUGGAACUAAAACAGGAAAAGGAAAUAAAAGAAGAGGGGGAUGACAAAGAUGAUGUGAAGAAAGGAACAGUAAAAGAGGAUAAGAUGGAGGUGGACUCAGUGAAUGCGGUGAUCAAAAAGGAAAAAACGGAAGCUGGACAAACUGCAAAGCCAUCUCGGCCAUCGUCCACCCCACCAUCUAACACAGCAGUGCAAGAGGACAAGUGCUCCACUUCAGGACUGAAGCGCACAUUGUCAGAGGGUUAUGAGAAAGAUGGAAAAAGCGUGAAAAGGGAGAGUAAGAGACCCAGGGUGGAGCGUGAAGAGUUGGAAGCACAACUGGAAUUUAAGAUUACUGCAAAAGCUGGCAGUCACCAUAAACUUGAAAAGAUUGUGCAACAGCUAGUGGAUGAACGCUUGAGGGUCUUGGAGCUGACCAUUUUUGACAAACAUUUCCAAGAGCUGAAAGGCAGAGUAGAUAAUAUCGACUGUGCCACGAAACACCAAACCGCCAUUAACACACUUCAAGCCAAGAUAGCUCGACUAGCUAAAAAGUUUGGAGAGGCCAAUCAGGCAUCAGAGAACAAAAGGAAACAGGAGGCCCUCGCUGCUGCUGCUGCUGCUGCUGCUGCUGCUGCUGCUGCUGCUACUGCUGCUACUGCUGCCAAGACUGCAACUGUUGUAAACAAUCCUCAAGCCCAACGGCCGGUCCGGACUUCCAUGGAGUUAAAACAGACUACAGCUACGGUUUCUUUGUCCAACACAGUUGCAAAUUCAGCCCCAUCAGCUGUGCCAGCUGCAGUUCCAACACCAACGUCCACCUCCACAGCCAUAGUUUCACAGGCCCCCAUCCUACAGCUGAUCACCUCCACCUCUAAUGCCGCCAGUACCUUGGCCACUGCCAUCACCACUCAGAGUCCCACAGGCACCCUGCUGCUGAAGACAGCCCCUGGGAGCAGCAUGAUGGCUACAGGCCAGCCGCUCCUAAUCCAGCUGCCUUUGUCAAUGGCUAAUGGCCAGGCGGGAACGCUGGUCAACUUCCCUGUCUCCUCUUUGUCUGCAGCCAGCUCACUCAACAAGGCCAAAACCACUGCUUCCACCACCACUUUUAUCCUCAAGCCUGCUCCCAUCACUACCACUGCAGCAGCCUCUACCCCCGUUGUUGCCACUGUCCCAGCGCUACAGGCCUCCACUGGCCAGAUGUCCUCCACUCAGAUCUCUCUUACCCGAACCAUGUACCAGGGGGGAGCUGGCGGGAUAACUACACCCAAUGCUGGUGUAUCUGUGACCACAGCCAGGACUCCAGCUCAGUCUGUCUCUGUAGCCGGAGCUAUGUCUUCAGCUUCUUCACCUGCAACGUCUGGGCCAGCAGCAACAGGUUCCACUGCUCCAGGACCCCCACAAGGGACGUCUCUGACAUCAAAGACAGACAACCAAGCCACGGGAUCCAUUCCAUCCAAAGCUGCUGCUCCCACAGCACGUCCCAAAGGUUCUGUCAUAGAUCUCACUGAGGACGACGAUGAUGUGCAAGUGACAGGAGUGAAGAGUGCCACUGUUGCAACUCCUUCACCAACCCAGCGUCCUCAUCCAACCAUCAGCAUUCCUAACAGUGCAGGAGCGAGGUCGUCUCCUCAAAGCCAUCAGAACCCUCCCAGCAAGCCUCAGUUGACAGUCCACCACCGCCCCCCGCUGGACUCCCCAAUGAAAUCCCGGGCUGUAACCACUGCUACACCAACCCGAGCCUCCAGCAUGGUACUGCCCCCUCUCCCUGCUGCACCUGCACUUCCGCGCUUACCGCCUGAGGCUGAACGCACAUCACAUCCCCAGCAGCCUCAGUUGAAGCUGGUGCCAAGUCAGACCGGUAUUGUGCUGUCCUGGUGUGUGUCAGAAACUGAUCGGACCUGUGCAGCUGUAGAUAGCUAUCACCUUUAUGCCUUCCAUCAAGACAACUCUAACAGCAAUGCAGCUCAGCAGCACUGGAAGAAGAUUGGGGAGGUGAAGGCCCUUCCUCUGCCUAUGGCCUGUACUCUGACCCAGUUCCAGUCUGGCUCCACUUAUCAUUUUGCUGUUCGAGCCAAAGACAUCUAUGGGCGCUUUGGCGCCUUCUGUGAACCUCAGUGCACAAAUGUCAUCAGUUCCAGCUCUAGCUGAACAGUUAAGAAAUGGAAACAGUUUUUUUGCAUUUGAAAGUUCAUGAUGCCUUUUACUUAUUUUUUGUGUUAAGAACCCAAGUAUUGUGCCCUGAACACAUACGGAAUCUGUAAAUAUCUGCAUAACAACUGGACUUAUGACUGACUUGGGAAAAUUGAAGCGGCAAAAUGUUGGUUUUGUCUGUUUAAUGUAUUUUUUGUGACUUACGCUGUUGUAUAUAAUCAAUUACUUUGCCUCCCUACCAAGUCAAAUAUUUAUGUUGUUGACUCCUGUUACUCUGACCCAGAUGUCUUUUGCUUUACUUGAGAAUAGGUGACAGGGACUAUCCAUGUAAACACAGAAUUGCACAGUCAUGUAUAAAUGUGUUGUAGAAUCUGAAUGAUAAUUUUUGUAAGUUUUGUCUGGCAACCAGACUUUGACAAACACAAUAAAGGGUUUUAUUAAAG